CAUGUUAAAUGAAAUCAUGACAAUUCGAUAAUUUUGUAAGAAACCAAAAUAGAUCGUUUCAUGCUGGAUUUCUACGAAUGAAAUGCUCUGAGAGCGAUUGGAAAAUUUCUAAAGAGGGCGGCCAAAUUAAAGAUUUAGAUGUCCGUAGACGACACAGGGCGUCCACUCAUUGAUUUUGCCUCGGAAGGCCGGCUAAACGGACCUGAUGUAGUUCCGUAUCACGCGGACCCGGCCAGUUACAGCACAGCCAUAGUUGGCGGUUCUCAUUACGAUAGUAGGACUUCUGAACAGAGACCUUUACUCGGCAGAUCGAGAUCUCGAAUGGACAGUCACAGUGAUACUGAAUACCAAGGAAAUCACUUUGACGAUCCAGAGUUUAGCAGCCUUAUACAAGCCGCCGAACAAGCUAUUGAUGUAGGAAUUUUGCCCGAACGUAUUUACCAAGGAUCCAGUGGCAGUUACUUCGUAAAAGACAAAGAAGGGAAGAAGAUUGGUGUAUUUAAACCUAAAGAUGAAGAGCCCUAUGGACAUCUUAAUCCCAAGUGGACAAAAUGGUGUCACAAGAUUUGCUGUCCAUGUUGUUUUGGUAGAAAUUGUUUAAUUCCAAACCAAGGAUAUCUCUCUGAGGCUGGAGCAAGCCUUGUGGAUCAGAAACUUGGUCUAAAUAUUGUUCCUAAGACAAAGGUUGUCAGACUUGCUAGUGAUACAUUUAAUUACACAGCAUUUGAUCGAGCAAAAGCAAGGUCAAAAAGGUUUGCUACAGAAAGAUUUCCUGAUACUUUAGGAAAACAUGUGAAAGCAGGACUUCCUCCAAAGCUGGGCUCGUUUCAGACAUUUGUUGAUGGUUAUAAAGAUGCAGAAUUUCACCUGAGGAAGUUUGAAGUGGAACCUCUUCAAGCCAUCACAAACAAAGAUUUUCUGAUACAAUUUCAAAAACUUGUUUGUCUUGAUUAUAUUAUUAGGAAUACAGGUAUUCAACAAUCUUAAAUAAUCAAAUGUUAUUUUAUCUUUUCAGUUACAAUAUUGCAGUAAUCAGGUACCUCACCCAGUAGUAGUAUAGCACAAUGGUGAUGUCAAGUCUUUAACCCCCAUGACCUAUGGGAUUAUGUAGACCCCCCAAAGAUAUAUGUAGCUGCCAUUGACAAUGGGCUGGCAUUUCCUUUUAAGCAUCCAGACUCUUGGAGAGCUUAUCCAUUUUACUGGGCAUGGUUAACACAAGCGAAGGAACCGUUUAUGGAUGAGAUUUCUGACUUUGUAUUACCUCAAAUAGCAGAUAUGAACUUUGUUCAGGACCUCACUGAGGACUUAUACCUACUCUUUCGGGAGGACAAAGGCUUUGAUAAAUCGCUUUUUGAGAGACAGAUGUCUGUUUUAAGAGGACAGAUACUAAACUUAACUCAGGCUUUGCGGGACAAGAAAUCCCCUCUGCAACUUGUGCAAAUGCCCGUAGUCACUGUAGAAAGAAAGAAAAUUGAAUCUGGAGAUCGACUGAGAAGCCAAAGUCACGCAUUCACUCAAAGCUUUCAACACCGACCGCCGUUUUUCUCAUGGUGCUAAUCAAAGAAGUGUCAUGCGACGAACUUUGUAACCAGUGAUUUUCUCAGUUGAUUCAAACUGAUGAAUAGUGCGCUCUCUGAGAUUUGUGGGGUAGUGUCGUCAGUCUAACAAUUGCGGGAAAUUUGGCAUCCAAUAAGUCUUACUAGACAGCCAUAAUCUUGUUUUCCAUUGGUGAUAUGGGACUGACAUCAUUGAAUGUACAACCUCGCUCGCUCGUACUGGAAAAAUUUGUGCGUACGUUUGGCAGAAGAUCCAAAAUGAUUCAAAGCGACGAAAAUGGUUUAGAAGUGUUGGAUAAUGUAAUGAGGUUUAUUUUUCUGAUAGAUGAUUUCAUAGUGGUUCCAAUGGAGAAAAAUUGCAUUUAUGUCGAACAAAAGUUCAGUUUAAAGAAACUUCUUAACAAAUAUACAAAGGUUGUAGUUCAUAUUUUGUAAAUGAUACAGCUUUAUCAAUCCGAAAUUAAAUGUAUGACAUUACCUUUCACUACUGCGGUGGUGCAUUCUUAGAGUACAAUUCUGUGCAGAGAGUGAAAUUGUGUAACUGGAAAUUCAAAUUAUUGUUACAAUAAGAAUGAAUUGUCAUGAAUAGUGCGCUCCCCGGCCAGCGACUAUUAAAGCAAUCUGAAAAUUGAUAGGUUAAUCUUCGAAAACUAUGUAGCCUCAUGUGAGCAUUGAUUAAAACAUUAUGGUGAUGUUUGUGGAGGAGGCACUGAAUCGUACUGUCUAGAAAUAAUACCUCAGUUUAUAAAUUAGUUAAAUAAAUGGAUAUUUGCAGUG